AUGAACGAUGAAAGGCGCAAUGCGGCGACGGGCGGCGCGCCGUGGCGGCGGGAUACGUUCCACCUGAGCGGCGGGCCGUACCACUCCCCGGAGGAAGGGAGGCGGCGGCGUGAUGAGCGAGGCCGUUGGAGGGGACGCGAAGAGCAGGGAGGAGGCGAAGCUGCGGGCGGAAUGCACGCCGGAGAAAGUCCGGAUGAGCCGGACGGAGCAGGGGCGGGAGAGUCCGCACCAACCCACGAGGCGGCCGACUCGUGUGACGAGGCAGAGGAGGACGAGGGGGUGGCGGAGCGGGAAUCACGGCGGGACGACCCCGACCGUCAUGAGGGACAUCGUGCAAGCCAUGCGGCGCAGCAGGAGCGACCGGCGCAGGUGGACGACGUGCGCGAGCUACAGUUGCGGGGAUCUCGCGGGGGAGAAGAGACUGAGCGCUCGCGGACGUCGGAUGAGCUGCGUCGCCAAGCGGAGCAGCACGGUGCACGGCAGCCAGGAGAAGGGCGCGGGCACGAGCGACAGACCCCGCGCGGAGGAGGACGACGGGGGGAAUCCCGCUCGCCCGAGCGGCAGUGGCACCAGAGAGGGGCGUCGCGCUCCCCGCGCCAGCAGAGGCGGUGGCACCAGCGACCCAGAGAGGAGUCGCGCUCGCCCGUCCGAGGCCGCGGGCGCGAGGGAAGGCGGGACGAGCGAGAGGCUCACCUGUCGGCCAGCGGUGGUACGGAAGGGGCGAAGGGGGAUGGUCGCCAUCCCCGGUGCGGCGUACAGCCUACGAGGCGCGUGGAGAGGGAGGAAAGAGAAGCCGCCACUCGCCGGCAAGGCAUUGGGAGCGGACGGAGAGGGACGGCGGGCAUAGGGGGUCGCGAUACAGGGGAAGGAGGAGCCACCAAGAGAGCGCGACCAGGAGCGUGGGCCUGGCGUAUGGGGCGGAGAGGGCCCGCGAAGUAA